AUGUCUGCUCCCGCUGCUGCUCCUGCUGCAGAACCUAAUCCAUUCGAUGGUGUUAAUAUAACAGAACUCAUUGCAAAUGUGUCAGCAUUGUCUUCAGUUAACGAUAUUGAUCAAGGACAUACAGCAUGGAUUAUGAUGUCAACUGCUUUGGUAUUUAUUAUGAUUCCAGGUGUCGGAUACUUUUACAGUGGUAUGGCUAGAAGUAAAAAUGCAUUAUCCCUUAUAAUGUUAAGUGUUUUAUCCUUGGCUGUAGUAUCAAUUCAGUGGUGGGCUAUCGGUUUCAGUUUAGCAUUCGGCCCAGGCACAAGUGGUUAUAUCGGAAACUUAAAUUAUGCUUUCUUUAUGGGUGUCGGUACUGAACCUCUUAAUGGUGCUGUAAAAAUUCCAGGAAUAGUUUUUGCCAUGUAUCAGUGUAUGUUUGCUGCUAUUACACCCGCACUUGCCAUCGGGUCUGCAGCUGAACGUGGUAGAAUUUUCCCAAGCAUAAUCUUCAUUUUUAUUUGGUCAACUAUUGUAUAUGAUCCAAUUGCUUACUGGACAUGGAAUCUUAAUGGUUGGUCCGCAAAAAUGGGUGGUCUCGAUUUCGCUGGUGGUACUCCCGUACACAUUUCUUCUGGUGCUGCUGCUCUUGCUUACUGUUUAAUCUUGGGUAAAAGAACUGGUCAUGGAACUGAUGAAUUUAAACCUCAUAAUAUUGCUAAUGUUGUACUUGGAACCGUUUUACUUUGGUUCGGUUGGUUUGGUUUCAACGGUGGUUCAGCUCUUAAUUCUACUUCUCGUGCUGCUAUGGCUAUCGCUGUAACCAAUUUAUCAGCUGCUGUUGGUGGUCUUACUUGGUGUUUAUUGGAUUAUCGACUUGAAAAGAAAUUGUCAGCUCUAGCUUUCUGUUCCGGUGCUGUUGCAGGACUUGUUGCUAUCACCCCAGGUUCUGGUUAUGUUGGUACCCCAGCUGCUGUUGCUUUUGGUUUCAUUGCUGGAAUUUGUUGUAAUUUGGCCGUUAAAUUGAAGCACAUCUUUGAUUUUGAUGACGCUUUGGAUGUUUUCGCUGUUCAUGGAGUCGGUGGUGUUAUUGGUAAUAUUUUAACUGCUAUUUUUGCUGAACAAAAAAUUGUUGCCCUUGACGAAACUGUUUUACCUGGAGGUUGGCUUAAUCAACAUUGGAUACAAAUGGGUCAUCAACUCGCUGAUUCAGUUACUGGUGUAGCUUAUUCAUUUGUUGUUACAUAUUUAAUCUUAUUUAUUAUGGAUAAAAUUCCCGGACUUUCACUCAGAGCUGAUCCUGAAUCUGAAGCUAAAGGUUUAGAUGAAACUGAAUUAGGAGAAUUGGCUUAUUAUCAUGUCGAUAGACUUGUAGCAGUAAAUACACGAACCGGUGAGACAAAAACCGUAAAAGAAGAAACAAUUCACCAACAAAAUGACACAAAUGCAACAAUUGUAUAA